AUGCCAUUUACUCUGCACAUCCCUUUGGGCCCGUCCAGCCUGACUAUGAGACCCGGGUGGUACUUCUGGGGCAUGUUGCAGCCUAUGGCGGCAGUUGGUACUGGGAUGCCUGUGGCUGCCCCCAAGUCUCCAGUGCUGAAUGCGAGGCAGUGCAAGAUCCACGUGGUGACCCCUGAGUGGGUAUGGGAAUCUGUCAAUGAUCUGCAGUUACUUGAUGAGGAGCGCUUCAAUCCAUCGCAG